UAAUAACUUUCACUUUUUUCUGGUCAUUUUAGAAAUUACCACACCAAACUCCAGACAAAGACAAACCUUGGUUUUUUUCUUUUUCUCUUCUUCUUCUUUCCGACCCCAUUAAUGGAGGGAACUCUUACUUUACAAACUUUCCCCACAGACAAAAUAAAAGCUAAAAAUUGAAAGCAGACAAACAAAUAAUUUUACCCAGAGUAAAUAGAAAUCGGUGUACUGCCUUGAAAUUUUCUGGCGCCAUUUGUUCGCUGUUAAGCUUUCAAAAAACACACUGGUGAAUUGCCAGGGGUUUUAGAAGGAAGAAUGGAAGUUGAAGACAGGGAAAGCACCGAUUCCGGUUCACUGAGUGGGAACCCGGAGUCCGAGUCGCCGCCGUUGAGUGGUGGUGGUAGUUAUGUUGACCUUGACCACGGCGGCGGUGUCGGUGCCGGCGAGGUCGGCGUGCUUCCGGGAGUGAUUGAGAAGACUGCGGCGGUGGUCGACUCACCCGCCGUGGGUGUGGGUGGUGGAGUUAUUGGUGGCGGCGGAGUCGUUGACGGCGGUGGCGGCGUAUUGGGUGGUGGAACUGGAGCGGUUGCCGGUGUUGGUAGUGGGAACGGUGAUUCGACGACGGGGAAAAAGAAGAGGGGGAGACCCAGAAAGUAUGACGCAGAUGGGAACUUAAAUCCGGCGUAUAUAAGAUCUCCGACGGCUCAGCAAGCCGGCUUCACGCUGUCAACUCCUCCGUCGUACGAAUACUCCUCCGCCUCGAAAAAGGGGCGUGGCCGGUCGUCUGGUUCCGGCAACUGGAAUAUUCUCGCUUCUUUAGGUGAAUUGUUUGCAAACACAGCAGGAGGGGAUUUCACACCACACGUGGUCACUGUACAUACAGGAGAGGAUGUUGCCGGUAAGAUACUUACGUUUGCUCAAAAGGGUCAUCGAGGAAUUUGUGUUCUUUCCGCCAAUGGAUCCGUUUCCAAUGUCACACUUCGACAGCCUGGUUCGUCUGGUGGUCUAUUAACAUACGAGGGGCGUUUUGAGAUAUUAACACUAACUGGAUCGUACACAGUUUCCGAUAGUGGUGGAAUGAAAAGCCGUGCCGGUGGAUUAAGUGUUUCAUUGGCUAGCCCAGAUGGCCGUGUUAUUGGCGGCGGUGUAGCUGGUUUGCUCAUGGCCGCUAGUCCAAUCCAGAUUGUGGUUGGGAGCUUUGUGCCAAACGGGAUCAAGAUCCCGAAAAGAAAGUACAACAACGAGUCAAGAAUGGCCAAAAUCUCGUUGCAGUGUGCUCCGGCGACAGUCACAGCGGCAACACCAAUAUCACAGGCGGCACCAGAAAUCAACGCGUACCCGAUACAGAAAACGCAGUUUGUGGUACAAAACCUAGGGGAAGGGGAUAACAGCUUGAGCAAUAAGGAUAUGCCGAAUUCUGCAUCGACUGAUACUGCUGACUGGAACGGGUCCGAUAAUCAGAGACCGUAUCCAGACAUUAACUUGUCUUUACCUCUCGAGGAGCAUUGAAACCUAGUCGGUUCUUUUUCGGUCUCUCUUGUUUAAUUUGCUGAUCCGAUUAAGAUGAAUUUUCUUGCAGCUUUAACUUUUUAGGUCUUUGUUAAGGAUUUUUAACUGUUGGUGUUAACACAUGUUUUAGAUUUGGUUUAGCAAACUUGUGAUGAGGUGGUUUUAUAUAUCCAGUGCAGUUUCAGUUCUUUUUUUUCUUGA